CGGCGAGGCGCCCGCAGACCGGACGGGCGAAGGGAAGAGCGAGCAAAGGUAUAGAUAUUAUCGAGCGCGGCUGAGUGAGCGGCAUCGAUUUUUCCCGGGACGACGGAGCCGGCAUGGAACCCAACAGUCCCCGUAAGAUCCAAUUUACUGUCCCGUUGCUGGAGCCUCAUCUCGACCCGGAGGCAGCGGAGCAGAUCCGAAGGCGUCGUCCAACUCCUGCCACGUUGGUCUUGAGCAGCGACCAAUCAUCACCUGAAAUCGAUGAAGACCGGAUCCCCAACCCGCUUCUGAAGCCAGGAUUGUCAAUGUCUCCAAGGCAGAGGAAGAAGGUCUCUCGCACCACUCCCACCAUGAAAGAGCUCCAGCUGAUGGUCGAACACCAUCUUUGCAAGCAGCAGAGAGAUGAAGAGGAAGAAGACAGUGCUGAAGUACAGGAGUCACACAGUCCAAGCUGCUGCCCUCAUGCCAACAUAGAACCGACCCACAGUCCCGAAAGUUGCCCUUUGGCCCAAGCCCACGCCCAGCUGGAAUCCCAGGAAAAACCACACUCUGGCCUUGAAGAACAGGGAAGAGUCACAGAAGCGUGUGGUGUAGGGAGCUCUGACAAAACGAGGUCUUACUUGUGCUCAGAAAAGCAAGGGAUUCAUAUAUCAUCGGAGAACUCCGUGGAGAAGGACAGGCUGCCCAAGGAGUAGGUAUAUAACCACGUAUCAGGGUGGAGGUGAUUCUCUGCUGGAGGCACAGAGUUACAGCUGGACACAGGGCUCAUGCAUACCUGAGGAAUAUCACACAGCUCCUUCCUUCCUUCCUUCCUUCCUUCCUUCCUUCCUUCCUUCCUUCCUUCCUUCCUUCCUUCCUUCUUUUUAAAUGAUUAUGGGUUUUUUUAAAAAAGAUUUCAAUGACUAGGUUAUAUAUUUGUAACGGUCCCAUCUUAUUUUUUUAAAGUGAGAAAACCCAAAACACUUUUUCACUGUUUUGAGUUUUGUGGCCAGCCAAUAGUAGGGAUUUAGCCUAGAGCACUAGGCAGAUUUUGAUCAGAGACGGAAAAGCCUCUGCAUUUGGCCCUGAGUGGCGGCCUAGAUCUCCCAAGCAACAGAUGUGAGGCUGAUAAAGGCCUUCAGGAAAUUCUCUACCUGGUUGGAUUAUGACCCCUAUCACUCCGAGCCACACUGGACGGAGGUAAUGAAAUUGGUAAUCUAGCAUAUGUGAAGGCAGACAAGAUGGGAAGGUGAUCUUAAGCCUAGAGCUGGACUACUAUAGACUCCAAGGGUGAGGCCCUGACUGAAUUUCCUGCUGUGCAUUCCCCUGCCUCCAGCCUACUCUGUGUAUGUGUGAAAAAAGAACCAGGAAUUCUACCUCCUGAUGGGCCACUCUUUGUGUUGUUCCGUAGACAAUCAUUAGAAGUUUCUCCUUGCCAACAUGAUAUAGUAUGGCUCAAACGCCAAUUCAUCUUUUCUCUCCUCUGCUGUUGAAUAGAACUAGGAGAAUUUUCUGUAAUAUUUUACUCCUUUGGCCAGUUUUUCUGUCCAAAGCUAUCGCCCUCCAAAGUUGCUUGAGAUUUCACCUCCCCAGGUUUGCAGUCUAUGUGGCCAAAAAUCUGAUCCGGGGAAGAUUUCUCUAGGUCUUGUUUUCUACACUGUAUGAUAUUUUGAUAGCUGUCUAUUGUUUUCUGAACCUUGUAUUGCUUUCUACUCUAGCAUAGCUUUUAUGUAUGCUGGGGCCUCUUAUAGCUCCCUCCGAGCAUGCAUCACAAGGCAGCAAAAAUGCAUACAGCAGAUUUAGGGUGAUAAACAAGAUGCACCAGGCCUGUGUGCAGCUGUGCUUCACACCACAAAAGCAACACUUUUCAUCUAGUCGGGUGAAAAGACAAUGUGAUUCUUGUCAUGGCACUGUGCCUCACCUCAAAGCCUCCUCUGGCCACUCCAAUAGCUGGAAGAUGAGUAGAAGAGUCUGGGAGCUUCUGCAUGUGUGUGUCAUGUGGGCAGAAUGCACUUGUGACUCCUGGAACUGUUAGCAAAGCGAUGGGAAGCAAAAGAUUUGGAGAUGGGACACGUUGCUUCGGGAUGCAUGGUGUAAACCUUCAUCGAAAAGAGCCAAGCCCACCUUGGAAGCUCUGCACGUCUCCAGUAUACUCACAGGUGGGCCAUACAGUUACCAACCUGGACCUGAAUAAGAGAAUUUUCUCUUCUGGUGUUGUGGGGCAGGGCCCCUUUAGCUGUCUUCAAGCCCAUCUCUUGGUUCCAGUUCUAUUCUGCUGAAUCCUGCCUCAUUAGGUAAGGAAAACUGGGCAGCUCUGGUCCUUUCUGACACCUCUCAAUUCCCCUUCUAGUGGAGGUACACCAACAGUACCAUCCAGCAGUGCCUUCCGAGAACAAACCAGCAUUUCUGCUGUCACACCUACAGGCCUCUGUUGCACGUGUGUGCAAAACCUCCAAGAGUUGCCAUGCAAGUAUUACAAGAUCAUGAGUACUGGGAUACAAUUUUUUUUUUUUUAACGAUAAGGUGUGUUUGCAAUAGCUGCCCAUUUUCCCCUUCUCGUUUUAGAUGUAUUACCAGUGUUUUAAACUUUUAAAAGUGAAAAACUAGCAGCCCUUCUAAUGAUGUUGAACUACAGUUUGUAGCCUUCUCUUCCCCUUCGAUGGUGCUGGUGGCCAGGCUGCUAGAGAUAGUAGUUUGACAGCAUCCGAAGGGCUACAUAAUCCAUUCAAAUACAAAAUACAUUCAAGGCUGCCAUGUCUUAAUAAGGGAACUAGUUGAACAUAGCCUAGAUGAGUAGAAGACUACACAUAGUUGGGCAGUGAUGUUUGGGGAGGGGGGCUUUCCUUAUAUUAUUGUUUGCAACAUAAUCCCACCCAACAUGAUGAGGUGGCUGCAAUCGAGAACCAUGUGAAAGUUCAGAGCAAACUGCCUGCUUGGGAGUGUCCUAAGUCCUACAUUGCUGUAUCCCUGAGUUGGUUUUACGUACCUGGACUACAAUGCUGGACUCUGCAUCCUCACUCCCCCACCUGUGAAUCCUGCUUCUUUAUUAAAUGGGUCAUCUUUG